UCUUUUGACAUAUGCCAAAUGCGAGGUCGACAUAAAAUAUGAUAGAAAUUAAAAAAAAAUAAACCUUACUACCUACUACAUGUACUUUAAAAAGUUUAUUUUUCAUCUUUCACUCCAUUAUAAUUUCGUUGGGUCUUUGUGAUUCUUAUAAUAAUUCCAUUCUUGCACUUUUUUCUGCAAUGUAAAGUUGCGAUAGAAUAUAUUUCAUAUCAGAAGAAUAUUAAUGUAAUCUGUUUUAAGAGGUUAUGUGAAAAUAAUUGGGAAACUUUGAAUGCAAUUAAAGGUAUUUACAUUAUAAUAUUAAUAUCUGAAGUAGGUACCUACUUUCAGAAUGUUUAUACAACGACUGAUGUGUCGAGCAUGUUACAAUAGGACAGUUCUCGCAAAAAGUAAAGUGCGAUGUAAAGGGUCUAAAUCCCAGUUGGGAAACGAGAGUCCUUUAAAGAAUCUACUGAACGAUGCCAGCGCUUUCGAAGAGGGUCAGCAGCGCGAGCCGGCGCUUCAGUGGGCCACGCAGCCGUACACGGCGCGGCCGGGCCGCGCCACUGCCAGCGAGCCGCGCACGGAGCCACAGGACACCGCCGUGCUGCUGUUCCCGGGGCAGGGCUCUCAGCGCGUGGGCAUGGGCCGCCUGCUCGCUGACAUCCCCGCUGCGAGAGAGCUCUACGAGCUCGCCUCCAGUGUCGUAGGGUGGGACGUGUGGCGCGUGUGCACGGAGGGCCCGGCGGAGGAGCUGGCGCGGCGCUGCCAGACGGCGGUGGUGGUGACGGCGCUGGCGGCGCUGGAGCGCGCGCGCGAGCUGCGGCCCGGCGUGCUGGAGCGCGUGCGCGGCGCGGCCGGCUUCUCGCUCGGCGAGUUCGCGGCGCUCGUGUUCGCGGGCGCGCUGCCGCUGGAGCGCGCGCUGCGGCUGCUGGAGCUGCGCACGGCGGCCUCGCGCGCGGCGGCGGCGGAGCGCGCGGGCGGCAUGCUGACGCUGUGGCUGGCGGCCGACGCGCGCCUGGCGCCCGCGCUGGCGGCCGCGCGCGACCACGCGCGCCGCCGCGGCCAGCCCGAGCCCGUGGCGCAGGUCGCCAACUACCUCUACCCCAACUGCAAGGUCGUCGCUGGCGAUGAAGAGGCAUUAAAAUGGUUAGAGUUGAAUGGGUCGUCGUUCGGUAUCCGGCGCUGCGCACGCGUGGCCGCUGAGGGCGCCUUCCACACGCCGCUCAUGCGCAAGGCGGAGGACGCACUGCGCGAAGCACUGGCCAAUAUGGAGGUGCGCGCGCCGCGCGUGGCGGUGGUGUCGGGCACGCACGCGCGCGCGUACGGCGGGCCGCGCGACGUGCGCGCGCGCCUGGCGCAGCACGUGGCGCGCGCCGUGCGCUGGGAGCAGGCGCUGCACGCGCUGUACGCGCGGCCGCGCGGCGCGCGCUUCCCGCUCACGCUGACGCUGGGCCCGGGCGCCGCGCUGCGCGCCACGCUGCGGCAGGUCAACGCGCGCGCCUGGGACUCCUCCGUGCACAUCGAUGUUUGACAGCCAUCCAUCCGCCAUCUUGACUACCUUAAUAAACCCUUGUAAAUACUUA